AUGGCCACCGCCCGCGACCCUGAUGAUUUGCUUCGUUCGAAUGCCGACAAAGAAAAUUUCCAACGCUUGACUCGUCUGCUGAUAACUGGAGGUACUACACUGCUGAGGGAAAUUUUUGACAUGUUUUGUUCUCCAAAUGAUCUUCCAAAGUUGCUGCAAGAUUCUACGACAAAAAAUAAGCUUAAAGCAGCAAAGCUCUCCAAACCACUGUGGGACUGCCUGUACCCUUCCCCAGGGGUUUAUGGCAAGUCACAAGACUUUGAUGUUACUCUACUCUUCAGACUACUCAGAACACUUUUCACGCUUAUCCCACCUGCGACAGGCUGGGAUGAACUUCCAGCAAGUGAAGAUCACAGUUUGGAAGCAGAUUUAGCGAGAAUUAAAUACUACCGGAACUCUAUCUAUGGUCAUGCUUCGCAGAACAUGGAGAUGUCAGAUGCAGAGUUUUCAUCCUUAUGGAAUGAGAUAAGUGAGGCUCUUGUCAGGAUUGCGGGACACAUCAGCCCUGAAAAGAAAACGGAAUGGCAGAAGGCGAUCAAUAAAUUUUUUACAGAUCCCCUCACGGAAGAGGAUAGAAGGAAUGUGGAGGAAUUGCUGACUUGGUAUAGAAACGAUAUGGAGGUUAAGAAAUCAAUAGAGAAACUAGAAACUACAACUCAGGAAAUGAAAGACCAGAUGGAUCAACUAGGAAAGCUGCAACAGAGGAUGGAUCGUAAACUAAGCGUCUUAACUGAAAGCUCACGAGAACAAGGAGGUUAGUUGAAUUUCUUCCAUUAUUGCAGGAGAAAGAAAUCAAUUUGCGCUCCAUGUUCAAGAAACGAUCCCGGACCGACCGGAAAACACAGAAGGAGUUCUUAUAUUUUGAAAAGUUUUUCCCGGCAGUUUUCCUAUUUUUAUAAAGAGUCUAAGGCUAGACGGGCGAUCGAAAUACAGCUCUUUGUGGGGUGAGAGUGUUUUAAUGGCCAUAUAACUUCCCAUCGGAAGUUAUAGUGACUCAUUCAUUGCAUCACGAAGCUAUUAGGUUGUUGUUGUGUUUAUCUUAGGCUAUAGCCCUGUUGUCUAACCAUUUGGUAUAAUUGCUGAUUGGCGAGUAAAUUGCAGUUGGUCCAGGUAAACAGCAAACAGUUGAGAUGCUAGGGCAUAUUUUUCUGCAUGACGAAAGUUAGGCGUACUUUAACUUGGGAUCUUAUAGAAAAGUUAUUCAAUAUUUAUCCUCAGCUCGACUUGCUUUGAGAAUUGACUGCAGCAUACCUGACCCACAAGUGAGAACCUCUGAGAGAGCAGCAACUUCGCAGGAAGAAGAAACAAGAGCCACUGUUACUAGGAGCCCUUCUUCUACCACUCAGGCAGGAGCCUCAGAGAUAGCAGCAACUUCAAAGGAAGAAGGAGCAGGAGCCUCCGUUACCUGGAGCCCUUCCCCUAUCACUCAAGCAGGAGCCGCUGAGAUAGUCGUAACUUCGCAGGAAGAAGGAACAAGAGCCUCUGUUGCUAGGAGCCCUUCCCCUACUACUCUAGCAGGAGCCUCUGAGAUUGCAGCAUCUUCGCAGGAAGAAGGAACAAGAGCUUCUGCCGCCGGCAACUCCUCACCUACCACUCAAGACGUUUUAAAUCUCGCUGCGAUAAAGUACCUGAAUACAAUUAACCCGUCUACACCAGAGGAACUAAAUGGAUUUGUACAGUAUUUAAAAGAGGUGCGUAAAGUAUUGAUCGUGGACACAAAGCGUGGAAGUUUAAUAAUUAUCGUGGAAUGCACCUCCUUGGAAAUACUUGAUGGACUGUGGAACGACUAUUGCUCAGGUCAACUGAACAAGAUGGCACAAAAAUACCUUGUUACAGAGGAACUUUUAAAAGACCUCGGUCUCUUGGAUGUAAAGCUCACGGUAACUAUUCUGGAAGAUGAGUACAAAAGGUGUCGAGAGCAUUUCUUACAGCAAUCAGGUACGUGCAGUGACUGAGAAGCUUACUGCUUUAAGUUUUCAUCAUGUUUUCCAAAAUUAAAAACUCUCUGAGUCACAGUGUUUCAAAAUUUGUUUGUGUGGAUGGUCGCUUUCUCCAAAAAAAUUGUAAAAACAAUGUGCAUUUGAUGACCCUUUUGAGACGGUUUUCAGGUUAUCUGAGCGAAUAAUGUGCAGAUUUAAAAUCUGUUUAUCUAGGACAACUUAAUCAUUCAAUGACUGAAUUAAGUUACUUCGACAAUUGGCUGAAUAGAUCAUUUUACUGAUAUCAUAUAGAAAGCAAAGACACUCGUCCUCAUGAAAAAGUCCAAGAAACCACGGAAGAAAGCACAAGUACAUCAGAUAAGGAUCGUCAACAAAAUGAACAGUUCAGAGUUAUACCUGAGCGAGAAACCUGGCAUCAAGUUCCACCUCAUGGCCGGCAUUUCAAACAUAAAGCGGCUGGUGGUAAGAAAGGUCCACUGUUAAAAAUGCUAAGAACACGCUAGCAUCUACAACCGAUUUUUGUAGUUGGAGUCGUUAGAUUUGGCUGAGCAUAUUAGAUCUUAAAAACAGGCCAUGGCUCUCUUUUCUUCUGCCCUUGUGAAAAGUUUCUAAUUUAGUAUGUGAUUAUAUACCUGUAUGUGUAUCAUGUCAUGUUGAAUUAAUGAAAUGCAACAGGACCCAGAUUUUUACAAGCUGUUGUAGAACUGGAUACAUCCUGUAAAAGUGUUUGUUCAAAUAAACGCGGGCUGUUGUGAAAUAGGCUGUUUUACUUUGAACUUGUUUAGAGAUGGCGCUUGGAAAGCCACCUUAACUUAAAAUUAGAUGUGGCUGAAACGAUUUAUGUCUCCAUUCCAGCAAAAACAGAACAGAGUAAGGGUCGAGGCGAUAAGACAACUCGUGGAACACCUGGAGUGAGACCCUCUGCUGGGGGGACACGUUAUUCGCAAAAGAAAGUGAAUGAUGGAGCGGUGAGAGGACGUCAUGACGAUGGUCGUGGAAAGAGAGGAGACCAAGGACGAGGAAGAGGGCGAGGACGAGGACAAGGACGAGGCUCUGACAAAACACGAGGAGGACCACAACAAAGAGGAGGUACAUAAGUGCUCCUCUUAUGUCCAGAAAUGCACGCAGUAACGAAAAUAAGAUGGCAGAUUUGACUAAAUUUCGUCAAACCGAAUGAAUGUUCAUGGAAUUGACGAUUUUUACGAAUUUUUGUCAAAUUUGUUAAAGCGAUAUCAGCUUAGCGAAUUUUCGACAUUUUCGUUACUGCAUGCAUUUCAGGACAUACCUCCAUAAGCGGCAUAAAAUGGAAUGAAUAACCAGUGAAUGAAUAUAUAUAAACAAGGAAAUAGAUAUAUUGAAAUGUAGCAAUGGUAUUUUUUGCUAUUAGAUGGUACUUCCGCCACUGUUUUCAGGUCGGGUUGGAAUUUGGAUUGUGUAUUUUUCGGAUCAGGGUGAAAGCCUCGACUAAAACACAUGUGACGCCGAAUUAGGGUCUGUUACCUUCUGUAGAUUUUCAUUCUGGCGUGGAAAUGACUAUCAAGGGAAUAUGUUCCUUGUGAUAACAAGUUAUUGCUUUGUAAAAUCCGCCGCAAAAAACUUUAGUACAAAUUUGGCUGCUCCUUUAAGUCGCAUGUCAGAAUGUUCUUUUUAACUUCAAGAAGGACCAAUAGACGUAAUUUACUGUUUUAUAUUUGACCUGUCUGGUCCUCCCAUUCAGUCAAUAAGUGCGUAAUAUUAGCUCCGUUUGCUUAAUUAGCCGUUUGAUUGCACGGUCAAAGCAAAAAGUGUCGAAAACCCCAGGUUUGAUUGUUUUAACUUACCAAGAAUAUAGAAGCUUGAUAUAUUGUCGUGGAGGUAAUUUUUUGUUCCAUUUCUUCCAGGGGGACAUGGUCACCAAAGUGGAGCUGAGCCGCGUCAGCAAUUUGAUGCAGCUUCCCAAGGAUUCAAACAGCCUAACAUCAAGUACGAGUGGAACAAAUUGUACGUAUUGGGCUUACACUACAAAACAACACCAGACGCUGUGAAGAAUUAUAUUGAAAGAAUAAGCGGUUAUAAUGUGAAGUAUGUCGAAUGGUUUAAACCAAAUGGAAAAGCUAUUGUGACGUUAGACACCUUCAAAAUUAAAGGUAAACACAAGAGGUAUCAGAAUAUCUGAAUGUAGCAGAAUUUUGUUGUUUGUAGGGUCCAACUUCAAUCGAGGAAUUGUUGGUGCAUACGAUUGUAUCAGCUUUCAAGUAAUAGAUGAUCGAUGUUCAAGUUCAAUGGAUUAUUUGUAACUAAAUAAAUCAUUUAUUGGUUUCAGGUUUUGCAGACAUUCUCAAGGCCGCAAAAGAAAGGCCCCUUGAACGGGUACAGGUGAUAAUUGAAAGAGCCCCUGAGUGCAGGAGCAUAUUUGCAAGCGGAUUUCCGGGAAAAACUACAAAGGAUAAUGUUAUAAAAUUUUUUCAUGAAUGGGGGGAAAUAGAAGAUGUUUCAUUCAGCGAUCCAUGGGACGAAAACAUGAAGGAAAAGAGAGUUAUUGUGUACUUCAAACACAAGAAGAGUAAGUCAUUUUGUAACUGUGGCCUUCUUUUAGAAGUUUUGAAAGUUUUAUCUGAUGCACUACCUUUUCCACUCCAUUUUGUCGUAAGAGUCAACUCAAAAUUUGUAAUAUUUUUUCAACGACUUUAUAUUGGACAAGUAGGGGAAUAGAAUUAGAUUCAUAAAUUGGGGCGGAAGGUUUUUCAGUAAUGCUAAAAAUCAUGAUUUCUUAGGCUCCAACAGGUGUUGAACGGAAAACCAUUGAAAAAAAGGAUAGUAAAGAAGAAAAAAGAAAAAAAAGAAUGAAGAAAACAAAAGUUUAAGUUGAAGUAUGAUGGUUUUUUAAAGCGUCAUGCCUAGUCGACUCCAUGCAUACAGAUAAAAAUAAAAAACCUUCAACACCUGAAAAUAUUGGGCUAGGUGCUUGGAAGUAUGCUAUCGUGCAAAUCAAUCAAUUCGGAGGUUGCAAGUUUUAGAGCUGGGUAGAGAACCCUUCAGUGUGAUUAUGCUUGUCUCUUCCCUUCCCUCUCCCUGCAGUGUGAUUAUGUCUGUCUCCCCCCCACCAUGUUCGACUCCCCCCCUUGAAUAACGUCCGGUUCCUGAUGAUUUCUUUUUUUCUACAGGUGUUUUGCAAUCUAUCAAGGACGAUCACUAUUUUGAUGAUAAACCUCUGCAUGUAGAGGCUUUUUACCCUUUCAUGGGAACACUGGCACCUGUUGAUGAACCUUCAAAGUCAACACGCCCAACCUCAGGUGAAGUGGAAGGAGACAGACAGCCUCACUUCUACAAACCCGUGGACAAAGACAUCAUGGAAUUUUUGAUGAAGUCCAACCAAGAGUCCAGAUUGAGGGAACGUCUUCACUCAAAUGAACGUGCUGGUUUAGGGUGGAAAAAUGGAGAAGAAUAUGCGCUGAUCAAAUAUGACGGCACUGGCAAGAAACUUGACAGGGAAUUUGAAGAGCAAGCUUGGAAAAGUCGCUGUUCUGAAAUAGUCGAUUCAUUCAUUUCUAGUUGCACCGCGAAGGAAUUUUCCGUGGACGAAGAGAUCUGGGAAGCAGUGGCCGAUCGGUUACCGCAGCUAGAAGGAUUUCUGCCAAAGUUCACGGCGCAUGUUAAACUCUUGAAAAACUCGCAUACCGUCAAGUUAAUUUGUCAAAAAUCAAACAUGUCAGAUUUUGGGGAAAAACUUGAGGGUCGACUUAUGGUCAUUCGACAGCAAGAAGACGAGAAAAAGCUGGAGAGGAGAACGCUGACUGAUAUAGCAACCGAGAAGCUGCUUCUCUUCCAAAAUGCUCGGAUUGAGGACGUUUUGAAGAAAAAAUUUUUCCAAAAUAUCCAAGUUAAGAUCAAUUUGAGUAACAAAAACCUUGAAAUCAAAACACCUAAGGGAUACAUGGCAUCUGUCGUUCUCUAUCUCCGACAGCGUCAAGACGAAAUUGACCAAAACGCAAUAGCUGUCCCCCCGGAAAUUCUUAAGAUACUUAAAACGAAGGUUGGACGAAGAAAGAUGACUGAAGAAUUGCCAGAAGGAUGUUCUUUUAACGUUGACGACAGAAGCGGACAAGUUCUUCUUCUUGGGAGAACUUUACCCUUAACCCAGGAAGGAAGAGUCAAGGCGAAGGAGGUACUAAUAAGUAACCGUGAGGUCCGCGUAAGCGCCAGGGAUAACGAGCUGAUAUCUUCAACGAAGUGGGAAGAGUUGUGUAAGAAGUUGGUGAAGCGUCUUACGAUCCGCCACAAACGUGAAUUGGCUUGCAUAGCCGUCUUUGGCUUCAAAAAAGACGUCACAGAAGCCGUAACGAGAAUGAGAGACUUUCUUAAUGAAAAGAAAGCAACAGAAGGUGAAACAAGACUUACCACGCAAAUUCAUCGGAAAUUCUUCAAUGAUUAUUACAAAGACGAGCUGAAAAGAAUCUCGGAUGAACUUUGCCAUUUUGGAGUCCAAAUUGUCGUAGAUGAAAGCGGAGAGAGAAUAAAAUAUUCUGGCAAUGUAGAAGGCGUGAAAGAAGCUGAGGAGAGGAUAUACAUUCUGCUGGAAAACAUCAAAGAAAGGUGUUUCCCAAUUUCGCUACCUGGUAUGCAAACUUUCUUGACUCAGGAAGAAGGAGUGCGUUUGAUAGAAACUGUUGAAGUGGAGAACAAAUGUAUUAUCAGAAUAACGGACGAAGCCGCGGCACAAGAAGAUGAUGAUGCCGACAGUGACGAUGAUGAACCAUUGAGAGAUGACGAGGAAAAUGAAGAGGAGUUCGAUGGCGUAGAAACCUUCUCUACCACAGAGGGGAAGAAGGUCACGUGGAAAAUAGGAAACAUCACAGAAGAACAGGUUUGUUUCAGGUCCUAGUUCUACAAAUUUUUGCCUUGUGUUUACGGAAAGGCAAGAUGUUACCCUGGCAUAUCACUUUUUGACAACCUUAAUUUUGUUCAUGCCAGUUCAAUUAUUCUGUUGCUUUUCAUUAUUCUCUUACUCAUCCAGAUCCAGAUCCAGAUGGCAUGAACAAAAUUAAGGUUGUCAAAAAGUGAUAUGCCAGGGUAACAUCUUGCCUUUCCGUUAACACACGGCAAAAAUUUAGCCUUAAUUUUGUUCAUGCCAGUUCAAUUAUUCUGUUGCUUUUCAUUAUUCUCUUACUCAUCCAGAUCACCCUAAUGUGUCUAAAGGGUCUGCUGCCCGAUGAGCGUAACUUGAUAUCUCUGGGUUGAACUUGUGUGAAUUUCUUGACGUUAAUACAUCAUAUCAUUUUACUUACCUUUACUAUAGGCCGAUGUUUUAGUUUGCUCAGUUGGGUCAAAAUUCAAUCUUGCGAUUGGUGCCAUUGCAAAUGCUAUGAGUAAAGCUGCUGGCCCAGAGUUACAAGAGCAGUUAAAAGAAAAGACGUCAGGAAAACAAUUUGGUGAAGGCGACAUCGUUCACACCGGCCCAGGAAACUUAAACUGUCGUCAUGUGAUCCACUGUGUUUGCUGCCCAUGGAAAGGAAAUCUCAAAGAGGAGCAGGUUAGACUUAUAAUACGGUGGGCUACGUUUAUGUUAUUUUGUGUGGCAUUACUUUUAUAUCAUUUUCCUAGACUUGAAAUGACCAGGCGAAAUGUCUUCAGAUUCCUGUUUCCGAGAGAAUUUGUAUACCUUAGCAAAAUUUGAGUGAUGAAUAUUAUUUAUAAUUAUAUACAGUAUACAACUCUGGCAGCUGUUUAAAACAGCUAGACUGAUUAGUCUUUAACAUAAUAUAUAACAGUAUAAAGCCUUGAGUUUACACAACGUGGUAUUAAGGGAUGGAGAUAUAAGAAGAUACUCCAUCCCCUUGAGGAUUCGAGCCACGGCUUUCAUGCUCCGAUGCUCUACCGCUGAGCUACAGAGAACCAGUCUGUUUUUGUGGGAACCAGUCUGUCGUCGAGGGCAUGGAAAAGGUUUUCUGCAUACUGUUUGGAUCAACAACAUAGCCACUCAGUUUUUUUGAAAAGCUGUUUUUUAAUGCUUUUUGGUAUUUCUUUCACAGCUUCUUCAAGAGCUGUUUCGGAAAUGCUUUGACAAAGCAUCAGAACUUGGUGCAUGUUCUAUAAGCCUACCGCUUGUUGGGACUGGUAACCUUGGUUUCCCUUAUGACACUGCUGUCCAGAUUAUGAUCCAGGCAGCAGUUGACUACAGCCGCUCAAAUCCAGAUUCACCCCUGGAGGAGGUUAAGUUUGUUGUGUUUGGCGGUGAUGAGAAAGGCAUUGAAACGAUCAUGGAAAAAUUUAGAGAGUUCAAAGGAGAACAGAGGCCCAGGCUCAAAACUCGAAAACCAGAAGUUCGCAAAAACAAGCCAACGCCUGUUCUAGCUGAAUUUUAUUCUAAAGAAGUCUGCGUUGAAGAUAUGAUGUUAAAGGUCUUGAAAGGAGACAUCACCAAGGAACGUUCCGAUGCCAUAUGUAAUAUUGUUACUAAAGAUCUGAACAUGAAAUUUGGAAAUCUGAGUAGAGCCAUCAUACAGGCAUGUGGUAGCACUGUAGAAAAUGAGUUAAAGUCAAAAGCUCCUCAGCACCCAGCUGGAUCCGUUGUGAUUACAUCUGCUGGGCGCUUGUCUGCAAAGCACAUCGUACAUAUGGUUGUGGGACCUGUCACCAAGAGGAAUCUUCAGACUUGCGUGGAGAAGGCACUGGAAGAAGUGGAUUCUAUGGGCUUGAAAUCAGUGUCCAUUCCAGCGGUUGGCAGUGGAGGAUUGGGUCAAACUGCGGAUGAAUCAGCAGAGUUGGUCUUCGGGGCAAUCCGCGCAUUUAUGGCUAAACUAGACCGUUCAAUUCGGGAGAUUAGAGUCGUAGUUUUUGACGAUUCUGUUACUGCAGCAUUCGUGGCAGAGUUGGAAGCAAUACAGCGAGAAUAUGUUGACUCGCCCCACUCUGACGACGAAGACGAUGACCAAGGCUACUACGAAAUGGGCUUAGAAGCGUCUAUCGAUGUAUUAACAAGAAGACGGCCCCAGAAGAUCGUCAUUCAUGCUCGGUCAGAGUCAUUUGAAGCAAUUAUGACAACCUUGAAAGAAGGUGUAGAAAAAGCCUGCGGCAACCCUCGUGUCAUCAGGCACGAAAUUAUAAGUCGUUUUCCCAAAAGGUGCAUGCGGGAGCUGAAACGGAUGUCUCGUGCUCGAGAUGUAAGACUGGAGCAACCCGAACCUAACGUGUUAACAUUAGAAGGACUUCCAAAAGAUGUAAUGGACGUCAACUCGGAAGUUUCGGAUGUAAUCCAAGAGCAGAUGGAAAGAGAACACAAAGAGGAGCGUGCAGAACAGAUGUCUAAAACUGUGCAAUGGUAUUUAGUCAAUCCAGGAGGAAUAUUUUCCGCUUUCGACAAAAUGGCCAAUAAUGAAAUAGAGUCAGCGUAUAAAGAGAAGAAACCGUCACUUUUAUUCACUCAUCGGGAUCUGAAGGCUGAAAUCAACUUCGAGAACAAAGAGGUUACGUUCCUGAGAACUGGCGCCAUCAAAACGGCACUUCGUAAAGAUGGUAAGGGCUGUGAUACGCGUCCAUAUGUAAUGUCUCUUAUUUUAGAGCGGGUUACGUUUGUCACGAGAAGGCGUGUUUGAAAAGAAUGAGAAAGAGUUAGAUUCAGGGGGUUCACCUAUGUACUUCUACUGCAUAUAAACUUGGCUGAUUUAGGAGUUUCAAUUCUGCAAAUUUAACCCAAUUCUGUAGUUUCAUCAAAUUGUCAUACGUUAAGCAUCACUGGUAUCAUUAAGGGUUUUUUUGUUGCAUUAACAGUGCUUCCUCUUCCUGAUGAAUGGGACCCCCAACCUCGAGACAACCGAGGAAAAGAGGAGAUCCUUUACAUGGUCAGCCUUCCAGAGGACUCUCAAGAAUACAAAGCGGUUGAGGAGAAAUUUCUGCGGACACUGAGUGGAAAAGUAGUCAUUUCAAAGAUCGAGAGAAUUCAAAAUCCGUCCAUGUUUAAUUCGUACAUGUUGCGGAAACAAAGCAUGGAUGAAAAGAAUGGAACUAUCGACAACGAGCUGGAACUCUUUCACGGAACAAGGCCAGAAAGCGUGAAGGAGAUCAACGUUCAGGGAUUUAAUAGAAGUCUGUGUGGCGUUCAUGGUAUGUGUAGAAGUCUACGAAUAAUUGAAAUGCUUCUAAUUAGCAAUAAUCGGUCUUUGAGGGGAGAGUGUAAUACACGGAUCCUAUUGUACGUGUUUUUUAAUGGUAUUCCUUGGAUUUCUGGCCAGUUUUGUCGAAGUACGUACGCAUUUAAAAGGAGUAUAAAUCAGUCUUUGGAAUCUUUGUUUUCCUUCCCUAAUCUAACAUGUACCUCCCAUUUAUAUGAAUAACUCAAUACUGCCUUGCCUAACCCGUCUAUCGCGUCAGCUUCCUUAAGGCCAUAUGACUUGUACGUAAAGUAGUGUUAGCGUUUGUCAUUCAAAACUACUCAGCUGCAGUCGUUUUGCUUUCUAAGAGGAAACAACAAAUUUGUUCCCCACACAGGUGCAGCGUAUGGCGACGGUGUCUACUUUGCGAAAGAUGCCUCUUAUUCUUUGACGUAUUCUCAACCAGGCCCAAAUGAUGAACGCUGCAUGUAUUUAGCGAGAGUAUUGGUCGGAAAGUACACUGCUGGCGAGCAAAGACUGAAAAAGCCUCCCCCCAAAGAUCCCAGUACACCGGAAAUCCUGUUCGACUCGGUGGUGAAUAGGGAGGAAGAUCCGACGAUUUUCGUGGUUUUUAAUGACUAUCAUGUUUACCCGAAAUACUUAAUUACCUUUGAGAAAACAAAAAAGUAGUCGAAAUGUAUUAAUCAGGGAAAUUGUCUCCUACUUGUUUCCAGAAUGUAAAAGUAGGAGAACGUUUUUUCAAACUUUAAGUGAAAAGCGUAGUAUACUGCAAUUCAACAGUAAUCGAAUCGGUCUAGUAAUAAAAGGCUUCGUUCAUAUUCAGUUGGAUUUUAACGAAUCCGCACACGAGAAGUACUAGAACUAUGGAAGGUUGAGGUUAUUAUGUUCUUUCGAGGCGCUGUGAAUGGUGUUAUAGCUUUUUAUGAAACAAAAUAAAACACAUGGGAG